AUGCCCAUCACAGUCGGCAUCAACGGCUUCGGCCCUGUCGGGAAGUCCGCCUUGUUCGCUGCCCUGGCCGAUCCGUUGGUCACCGUUACAGCAGUCGUUGACGCCUCCGUGUGUGCGGCCUACAUUGCAUAUGUGAUUGAGCAGGAGUAUCCGCAUCGAAACCCGAAAGGGCCGCCGAUUCUCGUGACGGACAAGCAGAAGGAUCAGAUUGUACUCAACGACACCCACGUCAUUCACGUGUCGGCCGCGCAAGACCCGCAGUCAUCGCUGUGGAAGAAAUACGGUGCGCAGUACGUGCUAGAGUGCACAGGCCUUUACACCACACGUAGCCGCAGUUGGGGUCAUGUAACGGGUGGUGCGACGGGCGUCGUCAUUGCCGCUGCCAGCGCUGAUACGAACACAGUCAUGGAAUCAAGCGGCUCGGAGAGACUCGCUGCAUCGUUGCCUGUGUGCGCUGCAGGAGCACCCAUCGGGGCCGUCGUAGCUCCAGUGCUGGACUCGCUGGCGAAGGUGUUGGAGAUCGAGCAGGUGAGUUACACGGCCCUCUAUGGGCCUCAGCCACAGCACCCAAUCGGCGCCAAGUCGGACGACUCACGCGACUGGCGGCAAGUACGACUGCAGUCAGUUGCCAGCUGUGCGAUGGCUUCCAGUCGCGACACCGGCGUCGAAACAGUUGGCGCGCUCCUGCCGCAUCUGGUUGGUCACCUGAGCGCUAGCGCUUUCCAGGUUCCUGUGGCGCAAGGGUGUGCGGUCGACCUAGUUGUCUACACGAAAGAGGCCGUGCCGGCGGAUGUGGUGGCGAGCGCCUUUGCGCACGCCGCGCAGGCCUCGGAGCGGAAUGCAAAGGUAUGCAUCGCCAAGGGACCCAUGAUCAGUGUUGACUGCAUUGGGAGCUCAAGUGUCAUACUGGACGCCGGUUCGUUGAGCAGCAGCGCCGAAGGCAAGGUGCAUCGCAUGGUGUUGUGGGUGGACUUAUCGUGCUACUACGCGGCACUGCUGUUGUCAUUGACGAAGAAGGUGCACGGCAUUCACACACCACCGUCGUCGUAA